AUGAGGCUCCUUAUUGCAACUUUUGGCUUCGGGCAGCUGGCAGCGGCAAGCACCACAUUGUGGAAUGGCUUGCAGUCGGUUUUUAUAUCGGCUAACAUCACUACUGCUUGUGAUGCCGCUUUCAACACUUCUCUGAACUGCCCGGAAACUGUUUUGCAGUACCUGCCGUCGUCUAUCCAAGCCGUUGGCUGGAACACGUCGACACUCACCAGCAUGUGUACCUCUGAGUGCGAGGCAUCACUGGGAGAUCUUGCGGAUGCUGUUGCGACUGCCUGUGGUAAUGAUUUAAGACUUCCAAUGGGUGGUCAAAGUAUUUCAUACGAGGAGAUCGUCGACCUCAUUCAGUACAAAUUUGGACUCGUAUGUUUGGCCGACGAAAGCACAGGAGAGUUCUGCUCAGACGUUGAAGCUGGCUGGAACAUUACAGAAAUGGUCCUCCUUGAAGAAGCCACUUGGCCCACUUACACAAACAAGUGUUACUACACCGCCAAUGGUGGCGAUUGGCUACCCCUCGUCGACUAUGACAACUCGUGCUUAAAUCCGUUUGACCAUUCCGUGAUAUAUACCAGUGUUGACAACCUGGUGAGCCUUGGAGGAGCCAAGACUGCCAUCGAGUAUUACAAGGAGCUGCCAGAUCCAAUCGAUGACGAUAAUUAUGGGUGGAGCGAACCACUUGAUUUUGAUGAGUACCCUCUUGAGAUUCAAUGCUCUUCUUGCUUCUUGAGUCGCUUUGAAUACGGUCUCACUAAUCAGUGGGGAGACGCUUGGGAUGAAAUAACGGAGCAAGUCUGGGCCAAUAUGAAGCUAAACUGUGACCUCGACAAGACGAUUUCACCUGCUAUCAACCUGACAGGCAGCGGAAUCAUCAAUGGUUCGUUCAACUACGAAAUCACACCAGUAUCCACUUCGUGUCCACAAAACCUCACCAUUGGUGCCACUCGAAUGACUUGUCAGGAAGUGGCCGUCAGCUUUGGCGUUCCUCUGAGUGGCAUUCUAGGCCUCAAUAACGCUAUAUCGUGCGCCGGUGUUCAAAAUCAGGACCUCUGCUCCCCCUUGUCUUGCCCCAUUGGAGUUGUUAACUCUUCGGUAAUACCCGUGAUAUACGAUAACCUUGUCGAUGUUGCUGUUUAUGUAAAACAGUUCGCGAAUAUCACAAUGACACAGUUCAAGACAUGGAAUCCUUAUUUGUUUUCGAACACUCUCAAGAACGGAGAAGCUGUCUGUGUUGGUCCUGAAGGGGGCGCGUACGUCCCUCCAACAGCAACGGCUGCAGUCCCUAGCGUUUACACCACCACAGCGACACCCUCGAAUCCUACGCCUACAGGAACCAUCGAUAACUGUGGUCUUUACUACACAGUACAGAGUGGGGAUUAUUGUGACUUGUUGUGCCUCCAGUUCUCCCUGACAUUCUCCGACUUCAUCAAUAUGAAUCCUUCAAUCGACUCUGCCUGUUCUAAUCUCCUCUUAGGAGAUGACUAUUGGAACUUCAGCGUUGCUCCGGUGAAUGGCACCACAGUCCCAGCCGUCACCACAACCAUGUCGCCAUCGGGUUCCUCGAGCUCCAGCACAGCCACAAUGGCUACAUCACAGACUAGUACUUCCUCUACAGCCACGUAUGCCACACCUCCGGCUGCUACAGUCUCUGGGACGACGGCCGAGUGUGAGCAGUGGUACGUCGUACAAUCCGGUGACACUUGCUCCACCAUCGACGCCCAAUAUGGCAUCACUCUGGAAGAGUUCCGGGCCUGGAACACCUAUGUAGAUAGUGCCUGUGACAACAUAUGGCCCGACUACGCGUACUGCGUAGAUGGACCCGCGUUGUCUGCAACUUCGACGGCUGCUGCAACUUCUACCACGACUACAUCUACGGGUGUUGUCACACCUACACCGACGCAGGCCGGCAUGGUGAGCGGGUGCACUGAGUUCUAUGAAGCUCAGACAGGUGAUGGAUGCUACGAUAUCGCGACAUCGUAUGGAAUUACUCUCGAUGAGUUUAUUGAGUGGAACCCAGCGCUAUUUAAAUAG